GGGCGCAUGUCGCCAGUUGCUGCGUUACUGUUUGUAUGCAUGCAAAGUGUGAAUGAGAACGAGUCUGAUUGCAAUGAGAGCGAUGCUGAAGAUGGUGAAGAUGGUGAAGGUUGUGAUGGCGGUGAUGGUGUUGAAGGUGUUGAAGGACACGGUACUGAGAUAGUGAUGGUGGUGAUGGUGCUGAUGUUGGUGCUGAUGUUGUGUUGGUAUGGUGAUGGUGGUGAUGGUGAUCAUGACGGUGAUGUUGAUAGUGAUGGUGAUGGUGAUGGUGAUGGUGGUGGUGAAGGUGGUGAAGGUACUGAGAUAGUGAUGGUGGUGAUGGUGCUGAUGUUGGUGCUGAUGUUGGUGCUGAUGUUGAUGAUGGUGGUGAUGGUGGUGAUGGUGGUGAUGGUGAUGGUGAUGGUGAUGGUGAUGGUGAUGCUGAUGGUGAUGGUGAUGGUGAAAGGAUAAGGGACGAGCCACGCCAUUGUCGAAAAACUCGUUUUCGACAUUUCUACAUCGCCACACUGCCUGGUGAGGGGCAAGAUGUCGCACGUGCUUCAACACCUGUCGGACGAGAGGUUUGGACAGCCUCCCUUUGCAACUCGAAACUGUCUGCCUGCAGCACCCCGGAAUUCAACAGCUCGACUUCGAGGUAGUGAAAAAGAAGGCCAGGCAGAGUGCCGGCGUUUCGGCAGAGCUCGGCGUGCAGGGGGAAGCCACCUCAGCAAGAAGAGGUUUGGAAAUCAAGCCAAUCUGAGAAU